AUGACAAACAUGAAGAUGUGGCCCAAGAGCACAAGGUCAUCUAUUGAGCCACUUGAAAUCACUCCUAUGCCAGAAAGACCAAGGAAAAAAAGGUCUAAAGAUAGUGAUGAACCUAGUAAGAAGAAGUUUGGAAAGGCUACAAGGAAGGGGAGAAAAAUGAAAUGCUCUUUGAGCAGAAAUUUUGGACAUAACAAGAAAAGAUGUCCAAUUGUUAAAAAUGGCUAUACUACUAGAACUGCAAGAACUGCUACAGGUGGAAGUAGUGGUGCAACUACUUCAGCUGCUUCUACAGGCGUAACUGGUGGGGCUACUGGUGGUGCCACUGGUGAAAGUGGUGGUGCAACUACUUCAGCAGCUUCUAUAGGUGUAAUUACCGGUGGAAGUGGUGGUGCAACUACUAAAAGACCAGCCACUACUUCAACAGCUUCUGGAGGUGCAACUACUGCUGCAACAACUACUGGUGGACGUGCUGCAAGUAUUUCUUUAAAUUUUGCAAGUGUUGCUCAACCAACAAGUCAAUUUAGUACUCAACAGUCAACUACUAGUGCUAGUGGCUCAAAUAAAAGUAGCAAAGUUAAAAGAGGUGGUGCAAAUCCCGGAUAUAAGAGGCCAAGAACAGAGAAGCCAAAAACAGCUGGUUUUGGUGUGCUAUUUGGAGCAAAUGGUAGUGUGAUUGAGAGGUCUGCAACUACUGAUAAAGUGUUACAUUGUGCACUGUUGAAGAGUUCAGUGCCUACCAAUAUCGAUCUUGGUUACAAACCCAAUGGACUAAGGUGGAAGGGUGGAGCUGCAGUUACUCAAAGGCAGCUACAAGAACAAAGUUACAAGCGAGCCACUCAGUCCACACCAAGUACUCAAGAUACAUAA